GUUACAGCCUUUCGCUCAACAGAAGGCGGGCUAACAAUGGUCAACUCAUACAAACUGCAUCAAUUACAACCCAGUGAAGUUGAUGAAGGUGUCGACGAAGCGGAUGAUGGAACGGAAGGGAUAGAGGGACCAGCGUGUCUGGGAUGUCGGAAACGCAAAAGAAAGUGUUCGCGCACACAGCCAUGCUUUUACUGUACAAAGUUCAAUCUUGAAUGCGAGUAUGACGAAAUGAAGGCAAAGCCGAAGCUGAAGGCUGGCGUACUUCAGUCUCAUUCCGAGCGUCUAGAUAAUUUGGAGAAGCUGUUUCUUGGCCAAAGUAUUCUACUUAGACAACUUCUGGCACCGGCGCUCCAGAACAUCAACGAGCUGGCCACCAAUGUUGCUCCAGAUAUUAUUUCAACGGCAGUAUGCAACCUAGCCGACGACCCGUACGGACUACAGUUGAAAGGAUUCGAAGAGACUUUGCGAGGACUGCGAAAUGAUUUUGGCUUCUCGAACAGGAAGCCCAGCUCCUCCGAACAAGACCAUACAUCUCAGCAUCGCUCUGAGGACGACUUGACUCCAUUACUGUCAACAUUCCAUGGUACGCGGUCAUAUCUUCCUCCUGAAGAUUUGAUAUCUGACCUUGUGGAUCUGCAUUUUGAGUUUAUACAACCCUGGAUUCCAGUUCUCCAUCGAGAUACAUUUAAGGCAAAAGUUCGGAACAUUGCCGAGCGCCCACGUUUGGCCGUUAUUCUUCAUGCCAUAGUUGUUGCUGCUUCUCGAUUCUCAAAAGAUUGUCGUCUACGCAAUCGCAAAAUCAGGGAAAAGCUAUGCAACGCCUGUCGCCAGUAUGUGAUUCUGCAGAGUCUGGAGUCAUAUUCUGUUGAGAAUGUGCAAGCGGCAAUCAUAAUCGCGUUCGAUUCUAUUGGUGCAGGCCGGGGUCCAAAGAGCUGGGCAUUGGUUGAUUCGAUGACUAGAACGGUAGAGCACUUGCGUCUAUCAUUUGAAGAAGAUGAGGAGAAUACCAACUCGACUGGCGCUGAUGAUGAUAGACAGAGUACGCCAUCACCAAAUCAGAAGUUUAUGACUCGCAUGACAUUUCUUCGGAAAGCAGACACUUUCAUUGAACAGGAAGAACGACGAAGAGUAUUUUGGAACGUGUUUCUGCUGGACCGUUUUUGUUCUAUAUCAACCGGCUGGAAUCCAAGUUUGACAGCUGUUGAUGUUCGCAGGAGGCUACCAAUAAACGGAGAAUACUGGAGCGAUAAUAUUCCUCAUCACGGAGAAACCCCUAGUACAACCAAUGGCGACCGGUCUUCGUCGGUGGGAGGCUGUGGGGAUGAGCAUAGACCAUCUGCGAGAGAGGAUGAAGUUCAAAGUCUUGGAGGAUUCUCUUACUGCGUUGAAGCUUCAGAGUUUCUUUCUGCGGUUACGCAAUUUUUCUUGCAUCAGGAUGUACAUCCACAGUCUCUAGCCGAACUUCAGGAAUGGAUGAAUGGCUUCAAAGACCUUGAUUUGAGGUUAGCGCAGUGGAAGGCCAAUCUACCGGCCAGAUGGCGAGAAGUACGACUACAUCCGGAACCGAAACCAAAGUUCGAUCCGUUAAUGGACCAAAAUCUGACUCUGGCGCAUAUGACCCACAACACCUCGGUGAUUCUACUACAUCAAUUUGUAGCUUAUCCGGUUGCACAGUGGCAGUUAACAUCGAUGAUGCGAUCUUCGCAGCGAAGCUCUGCAGAUACAUGUCUUGCAGCGGCGAAGGAGAUUUGCAAUAUGACGUCACGGUAUUUGAACGCUAUGGAUGGGAUUGUAAACCCUCAGUUCGGCUUCUGCCUGUUUGUUUGCGGACGGAUGCUUUUAUGUCACUCUUCCUUCACAAACACUGAGCUGCUGCCAGAGUUUUCGUUGAUAAUUGAUGCACUAGGAGAACUUGCGCUAAGAUGGAGAGGUGAUUACUACGGCGUCGGAGAGAUGGAUAAUCUGUUUGCGCGUUUUCAAAGAAGUCUGAUCAGUGCGCGAACACAAAUGAGGGCGAAUGAGAACGAGAAGAUCGAUAUUCGCGCUCCUGUAUAUGCCGCUACUUCCACGCGAGAGAUGGAUCAAGCUAAGUCACUCCCACAGUCUCCGGCAACAUCGAAAUCCCAACAUUAUGCUACAAUGGCCACCUUUGAGCCAUCAAGUUCAUCACAGGGUAUCAAGCCAAAUAAUGAGAUGAGCAGCGAACGUUUGGCUCCAAACUCUACGUCGCCACCAUUGCCGAUAUCAUUUCAGGCCGAUCGUACAAUGCUGGCGCCCUUUUUGUCAGGUGACCUUCCAGUCUAUUCGCAGGUUAAUACCCGUGUUAAUUCACCUCUGGCGGCGUUUGGUUCAGAUACUGAGUUAGACGUGGUAGAUGCCGCCGGAAAUAAGCAAUCGGAAUCGAUUGGGUUUAAUAUUGAUGAUCUAGUUCCUUGGUUUGACGAUCCUCAGUUUUCGGAAUUAGAUCGUGUUUGGACGUUUGUGACGGCAGACUAGAUCCGAGGAUUUAGAGGAUGAAAGCAGUGAUGUCAUGGAAAGUUUCUAAACUGCAAUAGUUUUCAAAUGAGC